GGUUUUGCCUAUGCUAACAAAGUAAAUUCCGAAAUAUCGACUAACAACAUUUGGCCAGACCAUGUAGGUCAAUUUAAAACUAACACAGCACUAUUGUAUGACAAUAAUUUAAGUGAAAUCAAAGC